AAAAGGUGGGACUAACCACAUGUAGACAUGGCGGAUGGUUCAGGCGAGGGUUCAGGGUGGAAAAGAGUUCAAUCUCUUUUUAAGUUAAGUAAUGGUUCAAGGCCGCCAGAGGAAAUAGAAGCAUGGUCUAAUGCAGUGUUUGUGGCUACUGCCUUUGGAUUCCUGUUUGGUGGACUGAUUGGUGCCAGGCACUCUGGUGAUAAGUAUAUAGCCAUGAAUCAUAAUACUAAAUACCAACACCCCAUCCAAGCUCAUAGAGAGAUGCACGGUGCAGCUGCACUAGGUUUCUUGCGUCAAGGUCUCAAGUGGGGCUAUAAGAUGGGAGCUUUUGUUGCUUUGUUUAGCGGCUGUGAUAUUUUAUUGUCUGUCUAUCGAAAUAAAGAUGACAUGUUAAAUAUGAUUGCGUCCGGAGGUGUGACUGGACUCCUCUUUAGAGUAAGGUAUGGCAUUAAACCAUCAAUUGGAGGAAUGACAUUAGGACUAUUAGUAACGACUCCGUUUGCUGUAGUAUUCCAUGGGCUGGACUGGCUGUUGGUCAGUGAAGAGAAACGACAGAAACGCAUAGAGCAAGUAUUGGAAGCAAGAAGAAAGAGAGAGAGAACUUGGGAUGAUAGAUUGGAUGUGAUUAGUGAAGUAAUGGACAAUCUUGAUGUUGAUGAUGAAUCAUCAACAAAGUCUCUGAAAACUUAUUAUGAAGUAAAGAAUUCUAAAUAGAUAAUAAUAAUAAUAAUAAUAAUAAUAAUAAUAAUAAUAGCUAAGCAAUAUAUUCAUUAGUUGCUGAUGUCACUUUUGUUACACGUCAAAGAGUCUUAA